AUGGCCGGCGAAAAACUCCAGGGACCUUUCAGUUUCAAGGUCGCCAAAAAGAUUCUCUCUCAAGGAGAUCUCGACCGUCUCGCCUGCGCCUUUCUCGCUAUGGAUAAUAUCCAUCAGUUCAAUGCCAACAAAGCGGCCUUGGAAUUCGGAGGUUCGAAGCCGGAUAGCUUCAAGCGCCAGAUUUGGGUGAUCACGAAGAAGAUUAAGAAGGAAAUGGAGAAAGGUGAUGCUGGUGCCGAUGAUGGUGAUGAUGAGGAUGCUGCUGGUGUUGGUGUUGGUGUUGGUGACGAUGAGGCAGUCGAUGCCACGCCCAAGUCGGGAGGAAAGAAGCGAAAGGCUGCUGCUGCUGCUGAUGUUGCCGCUGCUGCUGCUACCUCGCAGGGACACGCGAAGAAGAAGGUGAAAAACGGUCCGGCGAAGAAGGCGAAGGUUGUCGACGAGCGCGUUGUGGUUCCGGGUGGAGAGGACGACGAUGAAAACGAUUUCUUGUGA